UGUUGGUAACUUCCUAUUCGGCCAAUUAUAUCACGUCUCCCUUAGUUUAGGUCGCGACUGUACAUCUUAUACUGAUUCUGAACCAUUCUUCUGAGGUUUGAUCGAGGAAAGUGUUGAUAUACAGCACUGAGGAGACAAAAAUGACUCCACUGGAUUCUGCUCUGGUUUUAGGUGGAAACCAGAGAGAACUGGCAAGGCAGAAGAACAUGAAGAAAAGCACGGAUUCAACUAAGGGGAAACGCAGAGAUGAUGGAUUGUCUGCUGCAGCAAGGAAACAAAGGGAUGCAGAGAUCAUGCAACAGAAACAGAAAGCUGCAGCUCCAACUCCUAAAAAGGAAGAGAAAUAACCCUGGAAGAGGUCGUCCGGCAGGCUGAAACAACCAAUCGAGCGACCUCUGCUUUUGUAGACUAGUUUUUUUCACAACUCCUCUUUUUGCUUUAAAAGAAAGACAUUAUAAAAUCUGUGUGCGACAAGUCUGGGUUGACUACUGUUUGCUCCUCCUUUGAUACUUAUCCCUCCAAGGUAUAUAGUGGUCUUUGUUUUUAAAAAAGGACAAAAAAAAAGCUGUGUUGAUUCUGUUAGCUGUAGCAUUUGUUAAACUCUACCCAAACUGACAAGUACUCAUUUUUUCAUGUUACUAGCAUGUGUAACAUGAAAUUUGUUUUGAGGUGGGGUAAUUUUAGAUUCAUUAAAGUACCCUUUUAUCUAUCCCACCUCCAAUAUUUAAUAAACAGCUUUUAGUUCA